AUGAAGCAAGGCACAAACGAACGGUUCUCGCAGUUCAUCCUACGUCUACGUCAGCAGCUCGCAGAUUGCGGAUUAGAAAAGUAUCCUCAGGAAGUCCGUGCAGCAAUUGAAGAGAUGAUGUUAACUGAUGUCAUUGUUGAAGGGUGUUCUUCUCAGGAGCUUCGACGCAGAAUCUUGGAGAAGGACCAGAACCUUGCUGAUAUAGAAGCAUUAGGAGCAUCGUUGGAAAGUGUGCGAGCUCAAGAAAAAGAAAUAAGUGCUGGAUCAUCGCACCUAAUUUCAGGAUCACUCGAAGUGCGUAAAAUCCAGAAGCUUCGUACUGAUAACCCGGAUGUGAACAAGAAACGGGUCCUCGGUAGAUUUAAUAACAAACCGAUUUGGAAAGAGAGCGCUUCAACGAUCUGUUAUUCCUGUGGGCAGAUGGGUCACAUAUCGAAGGCUUUGUGCUGUCCGGCAAAAGGCAAAAUCUGUCGUCGGUGUAAGCGUCCAGGUCAUUUUGAAAAUGUCUGUCGCAAGCGUCCUGGAGAGUACAAAAAUCUGAAGCAAACUGGCAAAGUUCAAGCUAUUGACGAAACCCCGGAGGAAAACGACUGUUCAGCGGUAACUAAACCAGAAUUAUCAUCAGAGACACAGGAGAAAAAGGUGUAUUAUACGUUUCAUUUGGGAAAUAGCUGUAACAUGAUUGACUGCACUGUUGGUGGGCUGGAUAUCCAAAUGUUGGUUGAUUCCGGAUCGGACGCUAAUUUGAUUACUGCUGAUUCUUGGGAAUUGCUGAAAUCUAGGAAGGUUGACGUCCAACACUGUCAGAAGGGCAGUAAGAAAAUAUUGAAAUCCUAUGGUAGCCAGAACCCAUUGAAAAUUUUAGGAAAAUUUUUUGCUCACAUCAGUGCUGGUGGACGAACGGUUCAAGCGGAAUUUUUUGUUGUCGUGAACGGGCAACGAAACCUGCUUGGAGACAAAACAGCAAAAGAACUGGGUGUUCUUAGAGUCGGUUUGGACAUAAACCGUAUUGUUGACGGUAACAAUCAGAGCCUUGUGCCUUUUUCGAAGAUAAAAGAUAUUCAAAUUAAUAUCCAGAUGGACCCGAACAUUAAGCCGGUUUUCCAACCACUUCGUCGCAUUCCCAUGCCACUCGAGGAUGCCGUUAAUAAGAAAUUGGAUGAGUUAUUGGCUAGAGACAUUAUUGAGAAGAAGACUGGACCAGCAAACUGGGUUUCACCUUUGGUAGUGGCGAAUAAGGCAAAUGGGGAAAUCAGAUUGUACGUUGAUCUUCGACGAGUAAAUCAAGCCGUUAUCCGUGAUCGUCAUCCUAUGCCGGUCAUUGAAGAUGUGUUGGCUAAAGUUGGCAGAGGAAACAUUUGGAGUACACUCGACGUUAAAGAUGCCUUUUUCUUAUUGGAAUUGGAUGAACCCUCCAGAGAUAUUGUAACGUUUAUAUCGCACCGCGGAUUAUAUAGAUUCAAACGUCUGCCAUUCGGACUUGUGUCGGCGCCCGAAAUAUUCCAGCGAAUCAUGGAUGAGAUUCUUGCUGAUUGCGAUGGAGCAUACUGGUAUCUUGACGAUGUGGGCGUUGAAGGAGGUUCUAUGGGUGAACACGAUCGUCGUUUGAACAAGAUUCUGCAGCGCUUCGAAGACAAGGGAGUCGUUCUGAACUGGAACAAGUGUAAAUUUCGUGUCACCGAGUUCGAAUUCUUAGGAUACAGAGUGUCUUCUCAAGGAAUACAGCCGUCCAUUAUAAAGUUGGAUGCGGUUUCAAAUUUUCGCCGCCCCGUUAAUGAUAGUGAAGUUAGGAGCUUUUUAGGCCUUGCUAAUUAUAUGGGGAAGUUUAUACCUAACUUAGCAACUAUAGAUGAACCGCUCCGAAAACUAACAAAAAAGGGAAUCAGUUUCAAAUGGGGCGAAAAGGAAGACAAAGCAUUUGAAGACAUUAAAAAACAUCUCUCCCGUGCUGGAAGUCUUGGGUUUUAUAGACCGGACGAUGAAACUUCUGUUAUGGCGGAUGCUAGCCCAUACGCAUUAGGAUCAGUUCUUAUACAAACGAACGAACUUAGACAAUCUAGGGUGAUCUGUUUCGCCUCCAAAUCAUUGACAGACACCGAACGCAGGUAUUGUCAAACGGAGAAAGAAGCGUUAGCACUCGUUUGGAGCGUUGAACGUUUCCAAAAUUACUUGAUUGGAAGAGAGUUCAAUUUACUUACUGACUGUAAGGCGCUUACGUUUUUGUUCUCGCAUACAUCGCGUCCUUGCGCCCGCAUUGAAAGAUGGGUUCUACGCUUACAAGGUUUCCGAUACACCGUAAUCUUCGUUUCUGGUAAAGAAAAUCUUGCGGAUGUUUUCUCCCGACUUGCCACCGAAGCUGCUCGACCUUUUGAUGAAGCAGAAGAAUUAGUAAUCAAUGAGAUUGCUGUCGCUACUGUUACAGCAGCGGCCCUGAAAUGGGAAGAGAUAGAAGAAGCCAGUCGGUUGGAUCCUGAAAUCCAGCAAGUCAUUGACUCUCUUCAAUCUGGAAUGAUCGAUGAACUUCCGUUAUCUUUUCGAAUGAUUCAUAAUGAACUCUGUCAAGUGAACAAUGUUCUACUGAGGAUUGAUCGCAUUAUUGUUCCUAAAACUCUACAAAGGCGGGUUCUUGAACUUGCGCACGAAGGACAUCCAGGAAUAAGGAUAAUGAAAGGACAUUUGAGAUCAUGUGUAUGGUGGCCUAAAAUUGAUCAAAAUGUUGAGAAAUUUGUUCAAGAGUGUCGUGGGUGUACGUUGGUAGCGGCUCCAAAUCCUCCUGAACCGAUGAUUCGAAAGGAACUUCCAUCGCAACCAUGGGAACAAAUUGCAAUAGAUUUUCUUGGCCCUCUUCCAGACGGUGAGAAUCUUUUAGUUUGCGUAGACUACUACAGUAGAUACAUGGAAGUCAUCGAGAUGACAGAAAUUUCAUCCACGGCAACCAUUAAUGAGCUUUUGACUGUUUUCUCCCGUUAUGGCAUACCUCGAUCAUUGCGUGCGGAUAACGGUCCUCAAAUGUCUUCAGAUGAAUUCAAAGCAUUCUGCGAGGAAUACGGAAUCCAUUUAGUUAACACUAUACCUUAUUGGCCCCAGAUGAAUGGGGAGGUGGAACGUCAAAAUCGCUCUAUACUAAAGCGACUGAGGAUAGCGCAAGAACUUGGAAAGGACUGGCGAACGGAACUUCGAAAGUACUUGUUAAUGUACCACGCCUCCAACCACACAACCACGGGUAAGCCACCAUCCGAGUUGAUGUUCGGGCGUCGUGCACGAACGAAGCUCCCAACGGUGCCUCCAGUCCAAAUUGAAGAUGGGGAGAUUAGAGACCGAGACCGAAUGGAGAAAGAGAAGGGGAGACAAUAUGCUGAUAUCAGAAGGAAAGCAAGACCCAGUGGAAUACAAGUUGGUGAUCACGUAUUAGUCAAGCAGAUGAAAAAAAAGAACAAAGUCAGUGCCGACUAUUCACCCGAGCAAUUUCAAGUGGUUCAGAAAAAUGGAACAGAUGUUUUGCUGAAAUCUCUAUUUAGCGGGAAAAAUAUUAGGAGAAGUGCAGCACACUUAAAGGUUGUUCCAAGUAACCCUGAUCUUCAAACGGGUCCAGCGUCUUCGGGAGAAGAGUUUGUCUCUGCAAAGGAAAAGGAAGGAAAUCGUUCUGGUGAGGAUACAGACAUUAACGAAGGGGCAGUAAUGAGUAAGAGAGUUAGAACGGAGUCGAAACUAUUAAAAGAUUAUGUAACCUAUUGA